UUCCUUUAGUAUGCAAUGCAUUUACUAAAUCAGAGACUCCUAUUUUGUGCUGUGUAUCCAGUAGAAAGGGAACAUGAGUCAAAGAAUGAAGGGGUGGAAGAGGAAGUGAGCCCAUUUACCACCACUCCCAUUGACCCAUUAGAAGAUUUUGUGCUUUCGGUCUCUGCUACUGAUGAGGAACACUUUCUUGCUAGAAGACACAGAAAGACUCCCCAAGAACUACAGAUUAUGGCUGCCAUGAGGAUGCCUCGGAGUCCUCUGUCCCAGGAUCAGCAGGCAAAAAGCAGUUUCACCACACUGGUAGAGGAUUCUCUUAGAUGGGCAUGGAAGCUGGGCUCUAUGUAUGUGCCAGACAAAGACUGCAGACCCUGGGUUUUCAUUUCAGUGCAUUACUCUUACUGCCUUCAGCAGGCUCUGAUGUGCUCAUACCUGAACACUGCUCCCAUAAAGCCAUGGCUUGCUUUGGAUUCCGGAGGCAUGGGGCUCAGCUGGAUCUGGCUUCUAGGACCUGGCCCUGCACUGCUCUGUUUUCUCUUCUCUUUAUCCCCGUCUUCUCCAAAGACCAUAUCAGUUAAGAAACCAUGUGGUUUGUACGAUAUAUCUUGGAUGCUCAAAGGGAUGCAUGUGGCCCAGCCUGCAGUGGUGCUGGCCAGCAGCCGAGGUGUCGCCAGCUUCGUGUGUGAAUAUGGGUCUUCAGGCAAUGCCGCCGAAGUCCGAGUGACUGUGCUGAGGCAGACUGGCAGCCAGAUGACUGAAGUCUGUGCUGCGACAUACACAGUGGAGAAUGAGUUGGCCUUCCUAGAUGAUUCCACCUGCACUGGCAUCUCCAGCGGAAACAAAGUGAACCUCACCAUCCAAGGGUUGAGGGCCAUGGACACGGGACUCUACAUCUGCAAGGUGGAGCUCAUGUACCCACCACCCUACUAUGCAGGCAUGGGCAAUGGAACCCAGAUUUAUGUCAUCGAUCCUGAACCUUGCCCAGAUUCUGACUUCCUCCUCUGGAUUCUCGCAGCAGUCAGUUCAGGAUUGUUUUUUUAUAGCUUCCUUAUCACAGCUGUUUCUUUGAGCAAAAUGCUAAAGAAAAGAAGCCCUCUUACUACAGGGGUCUAUGUGAAAAUGCCCCCAACAGAGCCAGAAUGUGAAAAGCAAUUUCAGCCUUAUUUUAUUCCCAUCAAUUGACACACCGUUAUGAAGAAGGAAGAACAUUGUCCAAUUUCUAAGAGCUGAGGCAAUUCUAACUUUUUGCUAUCCAGCUAUGUUGCUUAUUUGUGUAUUUUGGGGGGGGAUUCAUCUCUCUUUAAUAUAAAGCUGGAUGCAAAAUCCAGAUGAAGUGUACUACAAUUUGAAGCAAAGGUGCAGGAAAACAGAGCCAGGAUGUUUCUGUCACAUCAGAUCCAAUUUUAGUAAAAGCAUCACUCGGGAGCAAUAUAGGGAUGCAGUCUUAUGUUGUAGGUGAAGGAUAUGGGUUAGGGGGUGGUGCUAUCCAAAGAAUACAAAGGAAGAGAGUUAGGGAGAGGAUGAUAUUGUACACACUUUGUAUUUACACAUGAGAAGUUUAUAGCUGAAGUGAUGUUUUCAAGUUAAAGUUUUGUGCUGUUAUUUUUCUUAAAUGUGGAAUUACAUGAAGACUUUAAAAAUACUCACGUGGCUAUAUUUUAGCCAGUGAUUCCAAAGGUUGUAUUGUACCAAUAUGUAUUUUUUUUUUAUUUGAUAGUAUUGUGCAUGGGGGCCACAUGUGCUUUUGUGUAUUUGCUGAUGGUUUUAAUAUAAACACUAUAUGGCAGUGUCUUCCCACCAUGGGUUCAGGGGAAGUUUUAUGGAGGGGCUCAGGACACUAAUACACCAGGUAGAAUACAAAGUCACUUGGUAACUGGCUUGGAAACUGGAUGAGGUCAUAACUGAUUCUUAUAGACACGUUGAGCUGAAUUGGUGUUGACAUGUGCUUUGGGCUUUUAUGUUAGCUCCUUUCAAAGGUUUGCAAGGGAGUCCAGACUGGUGUAUCUGAUGUAACUCAAUAGAACACCAACCUCAAGAAAAUGGCUCACUCCAGGGGUCUUGUAGGUAUGAACUUCAAGGAAGCUCUAGUUUCACAAGGGCCCCAAUUCCUAACACACGGUUCAUGCCAUGGACAGAAAAAAGCAGCAGGUGGCAGAACGGGGUGAUGAAAGUUUCUAAAAACUAACACUGUUGGUGUUUUUUAACUCAUUAUUUUCCAUGAAAAUGCAACAACAUGUAUAAUAUUUUUAAUUAAAUAAAAAUCUGUGGUGGUCAUUUUCCA